AUGGCGCGGAAUAUCACCUUUUAUACUGAUGGCCCGCUGACUUCUGCUCCACUGCCGUUACCCCACGCAGCUUCAGAUGGCCCUGAAAUCAUCCACGCUUUCCAGAAACUAAGUCGGUCUACUGUGUGGAAGAGUAUCGCCAAUGUCACCUUUAAAGGCGACACGUUUGAGCCAGAGGGUAUAGUGCGCUUAGGCGACGAUCGCUAUGUCGUCAGUUCGGGCCAUUGGACUGAGCCGACGGAGAAGUAUGGCAAGAUCAUCAAUGGGACGGACAGGACGGCUGGAGCAGGUCUGGCUCAUCUGAUGGUGUAUGAUGGUAAAGGGAAGCUACUCGCUGAUGCGACUAUCACAAGAGAGGGUGAGAACGAGUAUCACAAUGGAGGAAUUGACUAUGAUGGUCAGUAUAUCUGGGGGACCAUCGCGCAGUAUCGUCCAAACAGCACUGCAUACGUAUAUCGAACGGACCCAGAAACUUUGGUGCCGGAGCGUGUUCUAAAUUACAACGAUCACCUCGGCGGCAUUGUACACGAUGCUCGCGAUAAUCUAAUUACAGUACUUAAUUGGGGGAGCAGAGAGGCUUCAACGUGGGAUCUCAGGAGCGUCAAGACAGGAUGCGAUGCAGCGCCCAAACCAGAGAAGGUCGUGCGAAAUCCAAGUCAUUUCAUCGACUACCAAGACUGUAAAUGGCUUGGCCACAGUGGAUUCUACAGCGGAAAGAGUGUGAUGCUCUGCUCAGGCGUCGCGACAAUUGGCGGCUACAAUCUUGGCGGAAUCGCGCUCGUGGAUGUGCAAACCAUGGCUCCCCUAGUGGAAGUACCAAUUGAGUUGGAGAGUGCACUGGGGGUGAGAUUGACGCAGAAUCCGAUGGAUGUUAGCGUCAAAGAUGGGAGGCUGAGGCUUUAUCUACUGCCAGACCAACAUAACAGCACUUUGUACAUUUACGAAGCCCAGACGUAG